AUGGUCGAGAUCGCCGCGCGCUUCAUGGAUAAGGUCGAGGAGCAGGCGGUGGCCGCGGCGGCGGCGGAUGACGACGAGGAUGUCGCCGGGAGCGUCGACGGCGACGAGGUGGAGAUGGAGCCCGUGGAGCCCAUGCCGGAGCCCCCCGACGACGCCGGCCCCGUCUGCUGGCCCAUGCCGGACUUCUGCCCUCUCACGAUCGACGGGGUGGUGAAGAAGUCGUUCCUGGAGACCCUUCGGAAGGAGAAGGACGCGGAGGAGCUGCUCGGGGAGGCCGAGCCGGGGCCGACGCCCAGCCCGGACUCGCGGCCGUCCAGCAGCAAGCGCCAGCGCGCCGUCGCCGGGUCGCCGUCAUCCAGGAGCCCGUGCCCGUACAGCAACCUCCUCCAGGUGUUCCAGCAGUGCAACCAAGACGUUGCCUGA